CAUUGCGCAACAACCUCUGCGCCGUUUUAGUGACGUCAUGCUCCCCACAAUCCCAUUCGACAGACCUUAGGAACUAACAUGGCGGCGAGAGCACCAGCUGCAGCGUCCGGGCGGCUGCUCGACGGUCUGCGCAAAUGGUACUACAACGCAGCGGGCUUCAACCAGCUGGGGUUGAUGCGUGACGACACCAUCCACGAGGACGACGACGUGAAGGAAGCCCUGCGGCGCCUCCCUGAGCCUGUGUACAACGACAGGAUGUUCCGCAUCAAGAGAGCACUGGACCUGUCCAUGAAGCAGCAAAUUCUGCCCAAGGGCCAGUGGACCAAAUAUGAGGAGGAUGUGCAGUACCUGGAGCCCUACCUGAAGGAGGUGAUCCGGGAGCGGAAGGAGAAGGAGGAGUGGCAGAAGAAGUAGCAGGAAGAGGAGGUCCUCUGUGCACCUGUGGUGUGUUCCUCUGUGAUAUUUAAUAACUGUAACCUUGGACAGAAUUUGACUAUUAAAUGUGUACAUUUAUGACAACA